AUGUCACGCACCUCCACCUCUCCAGAGAAGAUAACCCAAAUCUACACCCCCAGCCCCUCCGCCACCGAACCCGCCAACACCCAAGCCGUCAUCUCAGCACUCAACCUCCAGGUACAUGUCGAAGGCGGCUACUAUGCGGAAAUCGAUCGCAACCCUCUCACCAUUCCAAAUCCUUUCUUAGUGAAGAACGGCGGUGUUGAAGAAGAGGAUGUGAAGAAUACGGCGGAGAAACCCAUGUCAGGUCGAGGUCGUUACGUUUUGAUCCACGCCGACGAACCCGGCACUAAGAAGCGGAUCGAGACGUUCGUGGUUGGGACCGAUGUCACGAAAGGAGAGAAGAGUGUGUGGAUUGUUGAGGGCGGAAAGUACAAGGCGAGUUUCUUGCUUGAUGGAGCGGAAGGGGAGAGGUUGUUGAUCAGUGAGACCGUGAUACCGGGCUUUGAAUUCUCGGAUCAUGACUUCUUGACGAUGGACAAGUUCAAGCAGAUUGUUACGGAUGAACAGGCGAAGGAAUUGGAGUGGUUGGUGAGGAAAUCGUGA